UUUAAAAAAAUGACACAAAAAUGAAGGCUCUUAUUAUUUUUGUAAUGAUUAACAAUUUUGCCCUCACCAAAAAUGAAGAAACUACACAUUAUUUACACGAAGAUAUGAUAUCAUUUAUUAAUAAAAAAGAUUCCACUUGGACUGCUGGUGUAAAUUUUCCUAAAAACCCGACGAUGACUGAGCUACAAAGUUUAGUUCAAAACACUACAAUGUAUGAUGAUUCGAAAAACUCUGCUCUUAUAACUCGUGACAAAAAUUAUUUUGAACUUGUUUUUUCCGUAAGUUUUGACGCCAGAGAAAAAUGGCCUGGAUGUGUAAAUCAACCACCCAAACAGGGUAGUUGUGACACGUCUUGGGUUCUGGUUCCACUUUCUGUUAUAAGCGACCGUCUAUGCAUCGGAACAAACCUCAAAAAAAAAUUUACUUUUUCGGAGCAAGAUGUACUCACAUGUUGUAGGAAGUGCCAACAAGGCAAAAGCAUUUGCAGUGGAGGCUGGACUUCUAGAGUGUGGGACUACUGGAUCGAGAAUGGAAUAGUUUCAGGAGGACCCGAGGGUUGCAAACCUUUGUCAAACUCCACUACCUGCCAAGACUAUUGUACCAACAAAAAAUACCCACUCUCUUACAGUGGAGAUAAGUACUACGCUGCUAAAAAAUACAAAAUACCUAAAGACUCUGCUCAAAUACAAAUUGAACUUGCAAUUUAUGGCCCUGUGGUCGCCCAACUUAGAGUGUAUUCAGAUUUUUUCGUCUACAAAGAAGGUAUUUACCAACAUCUUGGUGGUAGUUUUGUUGGAUAUCAUGUUGUGAAAAUUGUGGGCUGGGGUGUAGAAGUGGGGAGAUUUUAUUGGCUAUGUGCCAAUACGUGGGGAAUGGAAUGGGGAGAUUCGGGAUACUUUAAAAUUCUCCUGGGUGUCGAUCACUGUGGCAUUGAAAGUAAUGUUCUGACAGGGAGAGAUCAUGCAAAUUUUCUUAGGCACGAACGUAUUCUUGAUACGGACGUUACGCAGAUUAUGCCUUCAAAUGGAUGGAAGUUAGAACCUAAUUUGAUAUUUUUGAUGUAUUGUGCUAUAAAUAUCAGUAUAUUUGUUACCUUAUAA